GGUGUCAAAUUCUGUGUUGUAGCUGAAAAAUUGCAUGUCAUAGAUGAGAACUUUGCCAGACAAAAAUACUGCUUAAAGGGAGGCAACUUUUACGGAUAGAGCAUACAGUUUCGACGGAGUUACACAUCUUGUAUUGAAAGUAACCUACACAACUUGAGAUAAUGAAGAAAAACAGGAUCUUAAACCACUUAUCAUUUACUCGUUUUAAUUGAUGUUAAGUUUAACUUGAUUUACCGGAAGUAUAUAAUUAAGAUAUAUACAAAUACGUAUAUCAAAACAAUUAUUAUGUUAUUAAGAAAAGUGUCUUAAAACGUGUUUUUUUUAAAUAACGAUCUUUGAGUUACGUUCUUUGAUAUUUUCGUUUAACAGCUGGGCGUUUCGCUACAAGAUGGGAAGUGCUGUUGUUGUCUGUGUUGAACUCAUAGUUUGUUGUUUAUUUUUUCCUCCGUUAGUUUUACAGACUGUUGGAGUGUUUACUGCGCACUGGGUUUCGAACUCAACAUGUGACUCGAUUGGAUUGAUGUACCGUUGUUGUGCCGGGCAGGAUAAUCAGACAUGUGAAAGCACACAUGGCG